CAUCAUGACAGAUCACUCAGCAAAGACUUAUAAAGUUGCAGUUUUUCAAGAAAUAUUUAAGCAAAGUCUCGGAGUGUCGAAAUGGUUCGCAGUUGCACCAAUUCAAUCUUCUAAAGAUUUGGCAUUCUCUAAAUGUUUUUACAUCUAUAGCUUAAUGGCAGCAAUAUUCUUAGAUAUUAUGUUUGUUGCGGGUACACUUCACCAUGCCAACAAAUACGAAAUCUUUAAAAUACCAAGACUUCUAAAUAUUUUAAUCAGUUUAAUUUUAAUUAACUGGGAAGUUUAUAAAAACAUAGAUCGGUUACCACGGUGGAUAGAAUAUUUUAAUGGAUUGGAAAAGAUUUGUGGUGUAUCAAAAGGGUCGAUUUCCUCAAGAAAAUGUUUAAUCAUCAGAUUUAUACUUACAAUAUUUAUUGCGUUAUUAUACCUGUUGUUGAUCGUGAAUCUGAACUUAAUCGUGUGCUAUGAAAAUAAUUGUUUUGAGUGGCAAGUAGUUAUGGAAAUUAUAUCACACAGUACAAUAUCUGUUAUUGUGAAUAUCCUCACUGUGCUUAAUGGUUUAUUAAUAAUAUUAAUAUAUUUUGUAUUGGUUUAUAUUAAUACGGGUCUUAUGAAGUUGCAAGUUGAUAAAAGAGAAGAUUAUUUAAAGAUUCGUGAUGAAUUUAAUAUAGAUGUCUCGGAUUUUUCUUACCGACCGUUUCUGAGAAAAGGUUAUCAUGAUACACAAUUAGCAAAGGUUGCUUCAGAGAUUCGUUCAUAUGCUUCAUCAUAUUUAUUUGUUGUUGAUACUAUUAAAACUAUCGGGCGGUGUGACGGUCUGUCCGUCUUAUUAUCUUUGUUGUUGGUUAUAAGUCGUUUGACAACAUACGGAUAUGUGAUUCUGUUGACAUUAUGUUGUAUGGGUGAAUUCGACACCAUUUCACUAACUUCAUGGGCAGUUUUUCAUUUUUGUAGAAUUUUAUUAAUAAUAGAACCUUGUCAUCGCACUCAUGAACAGAUGGAAGAGUCCAUGAAACUGAUAAACCAACUCGCAUAUUUUUGGAGUGAAUAUGAUCCUAUUUUGAACGAAUUGGAUCUUUUGAAGCGCACAAUUGAAUUGAAUGACGUCACGAUUUCUCCUCUUAAUUUAUUCACUCUCGAUAGGCUUUUGGUAAUCAAGGUACUGGGAUGUGCAUUAACUUAUUUUAUUAUAAUGUAUCAGUUCUCCGACAGCCUCCUUGCGGCAACAUACACACAUAAGAAAGACAUUUUCGAAUAUACUAUCACGGUUCAUGCGAAGUGA